GGCCACAAUACAUCGCCAUACAUCAGAAUAAUAAACAAAAUAUAAACAAUAUACCAUACCAACCAUAUAUCUUAAGAACUAGUACUUAGUGCCUCGCAAGGAAAGGUAAUGUAAUGAAGAAAAGAUGCCGCGUAUGCAUGCGAAACUCAAAAAAGAUGGUCAACAUUUUCGAUGGAACACAAUAUCUUGCCAUUUCCAUACCGUAUAUGAUAUCUGAAUGCACAGGGUUUAAGGUUGAGAAAGGUGACUCACUUCCUGAAUCCAUUUGUCCACCUUGCUUGGAAGAUGCUCAAAAUGCAUAUAAGAUUAUAAAGACACACGAGCGCAGCUACAAGAUUUUUUGUGAGGUAAAGGAUGCAAUCCUUGAGGACGAUUUGCUGGAAGAAGAAAUCUGCCUAAUAUCUGAUGGCGAUAGUGAAAGAUCGCAAUGUCCCGAGGAUUGUACUGAAGAUAGGCAAGGCAAGAACGAGGGGAGCAUCCAAAAUGACGCCGGCAAUAGAGUUCAUAAAAUAAGACGUCAAAAUAAUCAGCACAACUCAGAGCAAGCUGAUCUUACCAAGAAUAAUGAUCCGAAUGAAAGUGAUUGUGCUAUUAGCGAAAAGAGUUGAC